UUUUGAAAAAGAGGCAGAAAAAAAAAGGGAAGAAAAUUCGAGGCAAAGUAAGAAGGGAGGGGCAAAUAAGUAAAUAAGAGUUGUUUGAGUUUGGAAAAUGGAACUUUGAAUAAUAAAAAAGGAGAGGCGGGAUCGCCAGGUAGAGAGUAUAUAAUAAGCAGGGUGUGGGUGGAGGCCAAUUCCCCACCACCCACGAAAUCGCUGGCCCUAAUUUCUUAUUUCCAAUUCUCUCCCUCUCUCUCUCUCUCUCUUAAGAACUAGCUUAACGAAACCUUACCAGGCAACCAACCAAGGAAGAAGAAGAAGAAGAAGGAGAAUAAACAAAGUCGAAAACCAUUACUACAAACUACAAGCUUCUAGAUCCCAAAUGACGCAUUAGUCCUUCUCUUCUUCCUCUUCCUGCAUUAUUCCUUAUAUAUAUAUAUCUCUUUCCUUUCCUGUUCUUCUGGGUCUUCUCUCUGAUAGAGCUCAUCAUGGUUGCCACUGCUGCUACUUCGGCAUUCUUUCCUGCUGCUUCCCCUUCCCCGUCUCCCAACACUGGCUCAAAGGGUUCCAAGAUUGGAGCGACAAAUUUAGGUGUACCCAAGUCAAAAUCUGGUUCAGGCUCUUUGCGAGUCAAGGCAAAUGCCCAAGCCCCGCCAAAAAUCAAUGGCACUUCUGUUGGUUUGGCUAGUUCUGUGGAAGGAAUGAAGAGCGGGGACGACAUGCCAUCCUCUCAUUCUCAUCCGCGAACUUUUAUUAACCAAUUGCCUGAUUGGAGUAUGCUUCUUGCUGCUAUUACGACAAUCUUUUUAGCUGCUGAAAAGCAGUGGAUGAUGCUUGAUUGGAAACCCAAACGGCCCGACAUGCUUAUGGACUCAUUUGAUUUAGGAAGAAUUGUUCAGGAUGGUCUUGUUUUCAGACAGAACUUUUCAAUUAGAUCAUAUGAAAUAGGUGCCGAUCGAACAGCUUCUAUAGAGACGUUAAUGAAUCAUUUACAGGAAACGGCACUUAAUCAUGUAAAGUCUGCUGGGCUUCUUGGUGAUGGCUUUGGUUCAACACCGGAAAUGACAAAGAAGAACUUAAUAUGGGUAGUCACUAAAAUGCAAGUUGUGAUAGAUCGCUAUCCGACUUGGGGUGAUGUUGUUCAAGUGGACACUUGGGUGAGUGCAUCUGGAAAAAAUGGUAUGCGUCGAGAUUGGGUUAUUCGUGAUUCUGGAACUGGUGCAAUCCUAACAAGAGCGUCCAGUGUUUGGGUGAUGAUGAAUAAAUUGACGAGGAGGUUAUCAAAGAUGCCUGAAGAAGUUAGAGGGGAAAUAGAGCCUUAUUUUUGGAAUUUUGAUCCUGUUGUUGAAGAGGAUGGUAGAAAGCUGACAAAGCUUGAUGACAAGACAGCAGACUUUGUUCGUACUGGUUUAACUCCUAGAUGGAGUGAUUUGGAUAUCAACCAGCAUGUUAACAAUGUCAAAUACAUUGGCUGGAUCCUCGAGAGUGCUCCGCUGCCAGUCCUGGAGAGUCACGAGCUCUCAUCUCUGACUCUUGAGUACAGGAGGGAGUGCGGGAGGGACAGCGUGCUGCGGUCGCUGACCACUGUUUCUGAUGCUGGUGUAGGAGAUUUGGGAACUCCUGGCGGUGUUGAAUGCCAGCACUUGCUUCAACUGGAGAAUGGAGGGGAGAUUGUGAGGGGAAGGACCGAGUGGAGGCCCAAGUUUGCCAACAAUCUUGGAUCGGUGGGUGAGCUUCCAGCAGAAAGCACUUAGUCUCAAGAGUGUUCUUUCUUUGUAGCUGGAGCAACAUUAGCCCCUCUGAUGUGUGUUCGCUUGUGUAGAAUCUUGCUUUCGUUCUUUAAUGCAUAUAUAUAUAUUAUAUUUAUUUAUAUAAUCUCCCUCUAAUAUGUUGUCAGAAAAAAGAAAGAAAAAUGAAAAGAAAAGAAAAGAAAGAGAGAAAAUCUCAUUGUAAUUAGCUUUGCUCUCACGCUCUCUCAUCAAUGUCUCCAAUUCUCUGUCAAAAUAUUAUUCAUGCUUGGGUGGCCUGGUGGGUUGGUAUGGUGGGUAAUUUGAAGGGAGUAUUCAACUCUCAUUCUGUCGUUUGGCCUAAUAUAUAUAUAGCUGUCUUGAUAGUACAGGAUUAUUGCCAUAGGCCCUAUAGUGUUAACUGGGCAAGACAUGUAUUUAUUUAUUUAUUUAUUUUUGAAAUUUUUAUUGUCCUGUUAAGAAAUAGAAAGAAAUUUUUUAUUUGCUUGA